UGUCUGCCUAUAUCUUCUCCCUUUUACCUCCAUUCUUCUUUAUCCUCUUCCUCAUUCACAAAACCUGCAACAAAAACACCACCAAACUACCCUCUGGCCAAAUGGGUCUCCCGUGGAUUGGUGAAACGAUUGCCUUCUACAGAGCCCAACGCAAGAACCAACUGUUCGACACCUUUUUUCAGCCUAGGAUCAACAAGCAUGGCAAGAUUUUUAAAACGAGGCUGAUGGGAUCGCCCAUGGUGGUGGUAAAUGGAGCUACAGCAAAUAAGUUCUUCAUGUCGAAUGAGUUCAAAUUGGUCAUAAGCUCAUGGCCAACUUCCUCUGUAGAAUUGAUGGGAAAGAACUCCAUCAUGGAGAAACAAGGAGACUCCCAUAGUUGCCUUCGUGGUAUUAUUGCUUCCGCCCUCGCCCCUGCAGGCCUCCAUGCAAUGGUGCCCAGAAUCUGCACCUCUAUUUACAAACACCUGCAGAAAAACUGGCAACACGCUGAAGAAAUCAGUCUACAUCGGUCUACCAAGAUGAUCACUUUCACUAUUGUUCUUCAGUGCUUGUUUGGGAUAGGGAUUGAACCAGAGACGAUGUUUGGAGUCUUUGAAAAUGUUCUGGAAGGUGUUUUAGCUGCUCCGGUUAAUUUCCCAGGGACAAAAUUCUCAAGAGCUAAGAAAGCGAGAGCUGAGAUAGAGAAGGUGUUGGUUAAUGAGAUCCAAAAAAAGAGGGAGGCCAUGGAAGGUGGGAGAGAUGAAGAAGAUGGCAUGCUACUUUCUGCGUUGGUGGGUGCGUUGAUCAGAGGUGAGAUCACGGAACAGGAGGUUGUUGAUAAUGUCGUUUUGCUAGUGUUUGCAGCUCAUGAUACAACUUCUUACGCCAUUACAAUGACGUUUAAGAUGCUCGCCAAUCACCCAGAUUGUUAUUCCCUUCUACUAGAAGAACAUGAAGACAUUGCUAGAAACAGAAAGCCAGGUGAGGUUUUGACGUUUGACGAUGUGAAGAAAAUGGAGUAUACCUGGCAAGUAGCUCGUGAGACCAUGCGAUUGUGCCCUCCCAUCUUUGGCUCCUUCAGAAAAGCAACAUCUGACAUUGACUUUGAAGGCUUUACCAUUCCAAAGGGCUGGAAGGUGCUUUGGACCACAUACGGAACACAUUAUGAUGAAGAAUGUUUUCCGGAUCCAAUGAGUUUCAAUCCGAGUAGAUUUGCGGAUCCGGUUCAAGCUUAUUCUUUCAUACCAUUUGGUGGAGGGCCAAGGCUGUGUGCAGGCUACCAACUGGCAAAGCUAAUUAUUCUUGUAUUUGUGCAUUAUGUUGUAACACAAUAUAACUGGUCGUUAGUAUACCCUGAUGAGUCGAUAGUCAUGGACCCGCUCCCAUUCCCUUCUAAAGGCAUGCCUAUAAAAAUUUCUCCCAAAUCUGUAAUUAGCUCUUCUACUGCAUUGUGAACUUGAAAUAACA